UAGAAGCUAAGUACUCGCUUCCUAAUGUAGUGCACAGACAUAAGGGUAGACGUUUCUAUUUGGGAUUUGACCCUAGCUUCAAGAGAGAAGCGUGACCGGAGCAGGAGCAGCGUUUCUGCGUCUCUGAGCGUCCACAACGACAGGUCAACAAUGGAUGCCUUGACUGAGGCGCUGUCCUCCAGCUUCUGUGUUACGAGAGAAGCGAACAGCACCUCAGCCCCACAUCCCCGCCUGGCUCAGUACAAGAGCAAAUACAGCGCGUUGGACCAGGAUGAGCGGCGGCGGAAGUUCCUGCAGGAGCAGAAGGAGAAAAGGCUGAAUUAUGUAAAUCACGCCCGCCGUUUGGCAGACGGGGACUGGACAGGUACAGACAGCGAGGAGGAGGAGGAGGAGAAAAAACGGAAAGAUCAGCAGCACGAUGAAACGGAAGAUGAAGGGAUGGAGGUUGAGCAACGCAAAAAGUUGCCAAAGCACUACGCCAACCAGCUGAUGUUGUCAGAGUGGCUGGUGGACGUCCCUGUGGAUCUUAGCACUGAUUGGCUGAUGGUUGUCUGUCCUGUAGGGAAGCGCUCGCUCAUCGUCGCAUCGAAGGGCUCCACAUCAUCGUACACUAAAAGUGGGUACUGUGUAAACCGUUUCCCUUCUUUGCUACCAGGAGGGAACAGACACAACUCGGCCAUUGGGAAAGAUUACACCAUCCUAGACUGCAUUUACAGUGAAGUGGAUAGGACGUACUACAUCCUGGAUGUGAUGUGCUGGAGAGGCCAUCCUGUCUAUGACUGUUCUACUGAGUUCCGGUUCUACUGGUUGCAGUCAAAGGUGGAAGAGGUGGAAGAGCUGUCGGAGAUCUGCAAACGAAACCCUUUCCGUUUUGUGAGUCUGAACAGUAUCAGCUGUACAACAGAGUCAAUUCAAAAGGCCCUGGCACAUGACUACAGCUUCAGUGUGGAUGGGCUCUUGUUCUACCAUCGUGAGACUCACUAUACUCCAGGCAGCACUCCGCUGGUGGGAUGGCUCAGACCUUACAUGGUGCAAGACAUCUUGGGUAUAGAGGUGCCACAGUGCCCCCUCACUGCCAAGCCAGACUACGCUACACACCAGAUGCAGCAGAUCCUGGAACACAAGAAGCCGUCCAAUCAGGUUCGGCCUGCGGAUCAGAACGGGAGAUAUGAGCUAGAGCAUCUGUCCACACCGGAGACGCAGUCAGGAAGCAACAACUCAAAGGAAACCAUGGAGAUCUGAUUGCUUGCAGCUCAGCAGCUACUGGUUUGAAAAUGUUAAUUUUUGAUGGACGAGAGUUCUCCGAUGAUUUCUGAAACCCUAUUGAUUUUAGAUUAGCCCAGAGAAAGCUUUUUACUUUCUGCACUGUAUAUGUUUUUUGUCAGCUCAUUAUUGAGCUGUUAAACUGUUUUUGAUCAACCAUACUGUUUCAAAAAACAUUUUUAGUGGUUUAUAUUUGUUUGUGUUAUCUUAACCUUAUCUUUAGGUGAAAAUGUUCAAAUUGCUUUAACAAUAUAAUUUGAUGCCUUAUUCAAUGGCUUAACACUGUAGCUCCAGGAUAAUACAGUGAAGCAAACUGAAUCCAUUUGGGCUCAUGUAGAUGCACAAUUGAAUUAAGUGAAAUUUACAACCCACCAUUGUGUGUGCAUGUGAUAAUCUGUAUGAGUGCCUUUUCUGGAAUAUUGCAUUUUGAAAUUUUUAAUCAAGACUAUCCUUUUCAUAAAUGGAUGCUUGAAAGACUUUUAAUGCUAUAUUAAUAAAUCUGCUUUUAUUCUUGGCA